AACUGGAAUAAACAUGGCGGACAUGAUUCUUACGAUAAAAGUGCUCGCCAUCAUGAUAAAUUUGGCAAACAGCAUUCGGGCCAUAGUAAUUCCGGUCAAGAUAAUCACGGAGGUCAUGGAAACGAAGCAUGGGGAGGUCACAAAAAGCAUGGCAGCAAAUCUGGAGACCAUUAUCUUAAAGAUCAGGGACACAAAAACCACGGAUUUAAGAAUACUUAUCAUAAAGAAGAGCACGGAGAUCAUAAAACCUAUCACGACAACUUUCGCGAUAGCGAUCAUCACAAGAAAAAUAAAGAUCAUCACGAUGCCUAUGAUUAUCACGGUGGUAAGCACCAUAAAAGUAAUCAUGGUAAGGGCUAUCAUGGCAAUCACGAGCACGGCGGUCAUUUCAAUAAACACGGAGGUGGACACCAUCACAAUUCUCAUUCUGAACACGGAGGACACGGAGGAGGCCAUCAAGGAGGAGGAGGUGGAGGAUACAGCAGUCACGGAGGAUACGGUGGACACGGAGGACACGGAGGACACGGAGGUCACGGUGGCGGAUACGGUGGUCAUCACGGUGGAUACGGCCAUCACUAA